AUUACCAGUGAUAUGCGAGAUGAAGCUGUACAUGGUAUGGUCAUCUUGAAUAACAAAUUCCAUUUUCAUCCAGAAACAGCUGGCUCAGCUGUAGCCAUUUUUGAUAAAUUUUUAUCUCUUGUUAAGGUACCCAGUAAAUACCUGCGUUGUGUAACAACAACAUGUGUAUAUCUAGCAGCUAAAACACUUGAAGAAGAUCAUAUUAUCCCGAGUACGAAGGAUAUGGUAAGAACUAGUGGAUGUGGAUGUUCUCUAUCAGAAAUAACUCGUAUGGAGUUGACUAUUCUGAAGAAAUUAAAUUGGUCUUUACCAACUACAUCAUCCAUUGAUUCUUUACAUAUUAUUCAUGCUGUAUUACUACAACACCACCCUCAACUACUGUCAGGCGUGAAAUAUAUGACCCCCUCACAUCACAUGUCAACUAUAGUACGUAAACUAAUGACAUGUCUGUCAGAACAUCGAUUACUGGCAUUUCGUCCAAUGACAGUUGUCGUUGCUAUGUUAAGUUUAGAAUUAGAACAGUUUGUACCUGGCUGGUUCAACUUAAUUUCUAUUAUACAGAAAAUGACAAAUACUGAAACUCAAAAUUUGGUCCAUUGUCGCGAAAUUAUAGCCACCUAUUUGAGUUCUCGACAACAAUUGAUAACACCAUACCAGAAAAUAGUCAAACCAACUCAGAAAUCUAAAAAGAGAAAGGUGGAACUAAUAGAAGAAGAUGACAAUAUCUAUGAUGGUAUCAAACGUCUGUAUAAUGAUGAAUAUAUGUCAGAAACUUCACAGAUACGAGGGUCAUGUAGUUCAGAGUUACACCAGGAUAUGGAGCCAGAGUUAUUUGCCCCUGUUCCGACUGUUUUCGCUAACUAACUUUCGUAAUUUGUCAUCCAUUAUGUAGUUAUAUUGUACCUAGCUUCAUUCCUUAUGAUAACCUUUUAAAAUAUAUUGGGAAAGAGUAUCAUAUUUGUCUUGUACCAAUUUGAAUUUUCUUCUGCAUUCUGAUUGGUUUUCUGUGUCAUGUGAUAGAUAGUCAUGUGACUUGAUCAUCCAAUCAGAAUUCAUUAGAUACUGUAAUUGUAACAAUGUAAGGUGUAUAGGUAAAAUUUAAGAAUAGAUAAUUUUGUAAACUAUUUCGAUUUAAAAACAAGAGUUCUAGUUUAAAUUCUGAUAUAUUUUUGUGUGAAUGCUGUAAAAUUUUUGUAACAGAAGAUAUUAUAUAAAUAGGGCACACCUUCGUAUGAUCUCAAGGUCAAAGGUCAUUCGAAAAUCAUAAGGAAGGGUUUAUUUGGAAAAUUUGGUUUUUUUAACACCAUUCUAAAAUUUAAAUCAUCUUCUUGUUUGGUUCCAUUUAAAUGUGUGAUGGCUUGAACAGUUUAAUGAAUGGAGUAUGAAGGGUCUGUAUGUUUAUUGAAAGCUUUAAAAUCAUUUUCAUGUCCGGGAAGAGGCUGCUAUUAAUAUCAUGAUACAUGUUGAAUGAUGGGUGAAAUGGUGAUUGAUGGUGUCAUUUUUUAUUCAUAAACAGGCUUUUGUAAAUCGCUUCAUCCUUAGGUGUUUCAAAACACAGCGCUUAGAAAAUAUAGGCUUAUGUGGAGAAUAAGAUAAAUUCCUAAGGUAUUUGAAAACAGGCCUACAGCACUUAGGAAAUGUAGGCUUUUGUGGUGAUUAAUAAUUAUAAGUUAAUUAAACGUGGUUCUAAUUUUAAAGACAGGUUUAGUAAUUUGAUGUUUUUAG